GCUAGACAAGAUGAGCAGUGGAAUAUAUCAUUUGAAAUUCUAUGUCAACAUUUUGAACAUUUCAUACUGCAUUAUCUUGCCUGCAUUUUUUCAAUAAAAUAGGACAAAAUUCAUGCUUAAUCACCUAUUUUGAAUUGAGUGAAUCAUUAAAUCAAUUCAAACUGUCAACAUAAAUGUAUCAAAAAGGACAAGGCUGGUCAAACAAAUUAAAGUUUACACAAAGUACAAGUUAUAUUUAUAUGAAAAGUUAAUGCAGCGUUACCAUCAAUUUAGUGAGAUAUUGUACAUGAAUGUGUGUAACCAUAUUAUUUACUAACAAAUCUGUGAAACACAAAUUUGAUUUCCGUUAAAAAAGCCAAAAUAUCAAUCCUUGCAAUCUGCCUUUCGCCUGUCACACUAAACAUGUGUGGCAAAAACGCAGACACAAUAACGGUACGAGUGGGCGAAUAGGGUAGGUCAUGUUAGAUGCCGUCUUAAUUCAAGCCCGGAACUAUGCAAUGCUGAGCGCCAUUGAAAACAGCGCUGCUCAGUGAGACGGCGGCAUUUUUUUUUAUUGCACAAAGUUAAAAGCAUUCGUACGAUAACCUUCCUGUUCGUCCCUGCCGAUUCGACCAAUUAGCUGUGUUACGGGCGCAAAUAUUAGUGUCAAUAGCGUCCGAUCGCAAUGGCGAUAAAAUGCUACGGUGAAGGGUACGUACCAUCCACAAAUAAUUUUUUUCCUUUUAUAUUGUGCUUGAGAGCUUAGGUUGAGAGCAUCUACUAUAGGUUGCCGUGGAAAAAGUCUUAUUUAAAAAGGAAUGUUUUGGAUUGUGACUCGUCGCAGAAAAAGGCAAAUAAAUCUUUUGCCCAAGGAACCAUUUCGCUCAGCACUUAACGUGAGCUGCCGAUUAGCGAAAUAUGACGAAAUGUGUUGAUGCUGAAUCAUUUAGCUUAUAAUCGUUAGCAUAAGCCUAAAUCAACGUAAACAUUUUACGAUGCGCUAUGAUGCUUUGCCUCCUGUUUUAUGCUGUACCUAAAACGGCAAAAAACGCUGCGAAUUUUAUUUGUUUUGGUGCACUGUUUGAUGGUAUUCGAAGACGACAAUCGUCGAUCGAUUGGUCAAUUCACCUGCCAUUCGUGCAGAGACAAAUAAAACAAAAGUUGUGCAUUUGAACUUGCAACAAAACAGCUAAAAGAAACAGCCAUCAUAGCUAUGUUGACCCUCAAAUUGAUGCCGGUUAAACGAUAGUGUUAGCUUAAAUCCUUCCCCGGCGACGAGACUGGUGAACUUUGGAAGAUAGUGUGAAGAAGUGGAGUAAAAUACGAAAGCGAACGGCUGCUAAUCAACCAUUGACAGUUAGUGUCAGUGUGCCAGUGCUAUGCCAAGGCCCUCGUCUAAAGCUGACCUGGGUACCAGAUUGGUUACCAAAAAAACCGGUGCAUGAUAGUGCUGGGAGUGACACAAGACAAAAACGAUGUUAACGGCAGACAAGCACUUCCUACGGAACAGAUCUUCAUCCAUAUGCAAUGCUAAUGAAUUUAAAUUCCUUCCGUGUUGGAGGCUGGGUCUGAAAUUGUUCCUUAAUGUAUCCUUAACUGAUAGGCAAGCCUUUUGAUGGGCUGUGCUGUAUAAAUAAAGAAAAAUCUGAAGGGGUCAGAGCCAAAACUGGAUGUAGUAUUUUUUUAUUAACCCAAGAAGGGCUAGGAAGGUUAGAACUAGUUAUAUAAUGUUAGAUGUUUUACAUAAUUAUUUCAUGAUACCGGUUCUUUUGACCGUUUUAUUUUUUCAAGAAUAGAUCAAACAUCCGUAAAAAAAAACUUUAGAUAUCUUCUUCUUCUUUUUGGCUCAACAAUCGUUAGCGGAUUGGAGGAUCCGAUGGAGGAUUGUCAGUCCUUCGUAUGGCGGCACGGUCUAUUUGGGGCUUGAACCCAUGACGGGUUUGUUGUUAAGUCGUACGAGUUGACGACUGUACCACGCGACCGGCUUUGAGAUAUCUUAGCCUAACAAAAAAAAAAAAUCCUUAAGCUAGAGGUCAACAUCCGAAUCGCGUUUUGCUUAAAUUCCCCUAACUUUGUCCUAUCCGCACGAUGCAUAAAGGUACACGUGCGGCAACCUAUCAUUGCCGAUUUUGAGAUUAUCGAUUCCAUGCGCUGGAUUACUGAAGUAGUAGUCUGGUAAGCUAAGUUGGUUAAGAGUCUGGUUCUUUUGGCUGACGUGACGUGGUAUGGUGUGCGUGACCGUGAAGUACUCACAGCGGAACUAUGCGCUGCGGGAAAAGCACCAAAAGCAAAAAGCACCUUUAACUCCGCACCUCCCUCCGAUGUGCGGAAUUUUUAUAGUUAUCAAAUGCAGUGAUCACUUUGGUGCCGUUGAUAUUGUUACUCCGUUGUGUGUUUUAUCAUCCCUCCUCUACGGCGCCCCGGUAUAUGCAUCGUUUGAAGAAGGGUGGUAGAUCGCUCGUGCGGAAAGCAGACUAGUAUGAUAGUAGAGGGGCUUUAUUUUUUGUUUUGAAAUCCACUUUGAAGGUAUUGUAUGACCAGCUACACUGAAAGAGACAGAAGGAAAAACAUGCCCCUCACGAAGGAUUUGACGAGGAGUAGUAGGACACGAUCUAACAUCGAUAGCUUAGUUUCAAAUCGGAUCUCGAGCGAAGCUGAUCGUUCGAAGGUGGACUCUCGUUAGUGACAUUGCGUGUACGAUGGGUGUUUUGCAGGACUUACUACGAGUGCACGAUGGCAAUGGGCGUUUGUUGUUUCUAGUGUUCUUGUGCUUGUACCUUACGGUACGGUGCUCGGUGUGCCAGUGCCCGGAUACUGGUGGGUUAGGUGCGGAAGAUCCGGCAAAUGUGCGAUUGCUGCUGGAAAACAGCAUCAAGCAAGCUUCUUUGCUGAAGAAAUAUGACUUUAUCAUCGUCGGUGCUAGUCCUUCGGGUUGUUUGCUGGCGAAUCGGCUAACUGAGAUUCGCGAUUGGAAUGUGCUGCUCAUAGAGGCCGGUGAGCAGGAAAAUUUGUUCGUCCAGGUGCCUAUUUUUUCGGCGUACCUGCAAUCUACCAGCUAUAACUGGGGAUACCUCGCGGAACCGCAGAACUACUCUUGCUGGGGUAAGGAUAUGCUGAUGGAAUAG